AUGACAACUUCCUGUAUUGUACAAUCUUGUGAUCUUCCUUAUUUUUCUUCUAGUCCAGUGAUCCCUGCUAGCAAGGGUGACAUUACUACUUCAGUACCACCUGUUGAGACAGCUGCAGCAUCGGCUGGAUUGCUGGGAUGGGUGAAAGGUGCAGUUGGAAGUGGAGGACUUCUUUUAAAAGUAGCAGAAAAAGCCAAAAGUUCAGUAGACUCCAUGAUAACAACCCUGGAUCCUCAGAUGAGAGAAUUUUUAUAUUCUGGAGGUGAUGUGGAUAUCGUAGUUGCUUCAGACAAGGAGGUCAAGCUUAGUGCUGUUCGUGAAGCUUUCCAAGCCGUGUUUGGUAAAGCAACAGUUUCAGGUGUGGCUGUUCAGACUGCAAUGACUGCAGCCCAACCUGUAGGAUUUGUUUUUUCAGCAGAAGAGAGGAUAUCAACACUGCAGUGUACUGGGAGACUUCACCCAAAACAACCAAUUGUUGCUGUAGAAAAUUUCCUUGUUGAAGUUGGAGAGAACAAGUGGUUUGAUAUUGGAGUUUUAAUGCUCAAAGACCCUGGCCAAGAGAUAAACCUGCAAACAUUUACCCAGCUCACCCCAGUGCCCGCCGCAAUGGUUGCUCUGGCUCAGGACGACACUCCCAGCGAUUAUCCCCUUCUGUGCUCAGGUCUGGCAGUUACCAUUGGCAGUCUAAUGGCUCAGAACUUGGAGGUUCAUCAUUCAGAAUGGCAUCAAGCCCUGACUGGGGUUUCCAGAAGAGAGAUGUUGCUGGUAGCAGCCAAGGUAUUAGCAGGAUUAUACAAGAACAGUAUACGUGGUAAUGCCAUUUGAGCAAGAACUUUAAGACCUGAUCCCAUUUCUUACACAGAUCUGUCUAACCUACAGCAACCUUCUGGUUGGACUCCUCCGCAUCUGCCUCCAGCGGGUCAUAUUUCUGACUCCCAUUUGUUGGCACAGCCUCUGAAAUAUCUUCUUUCACAACUGGAUUCGUGGUUGCUGCUGUCUCACUUACUUUACCACCAUCGGUUGGCGUG